AUGACUUUCUGCUACCAGACCCAGUGUGAGGAUUCCUGCUACUCACCCUGCAACUAUGGGACUGUGUACACCUACAGGAGCUACGACUGUGGAAGCCCCUGCAGCUACCAGACCUACGACUGCAGGAGCCCCUGUGGCUACCGGGGCUAUGGGAGUCUGUGCGGUUACCGUGACUGCUACCCCUCCUACAGCUCCCGCUACUGCUACCCCUACUCUUGCUACACCCGUAGAUACAGCUAUGGGAGCUGCUACCCCUGCUAA